AUGGCCGAGGAGGGCCCCAAAAUCAAGCCCGUACAGGGAGCUUACACCAGUAUAAUUGGACUAUGUCUUGGAGGACUGGUCUUCGGUUUGAUAAUGUUGGCAGUUACGUGGUACUGCUACAGGCGAAAAGUCCAGAAUUCGCACAAACGCCAUGGAUCCGAACAACCGCUUGCUUUUCAUACCCACAGGAGGCCUACAGCUGUUAAGAGUCCUGCUGGAGCUGCAGGUGGGACGCAUUAUUUGAAGAAGAGUCCCAGUCCAACCGGUCCUUCUAAAACACCUCCUGGGAUGUCCAGCCCUCAUACCCCCAGUCCAACGGGUAGCGUGGUCGGACCUUUGGAGAGCGGAGUAAUUAACAAUCCCCACCAUUUGGAUUCGAAACCAAUACAGGAACCGAUAGUCAAACCGGAAAUGGCCGUGGCCUAUAUUACCGAAAACGAGAAAAAUCUAGUUCCCACCAAAGAAGAGGUCGAGGUCAACGAGAAGAAUUUGGAACAGAACGCUUUGUAUUUGGGACAGUUGGUGUUCAAGUUGAGGUACAAAACCGAUAAAAAUGCCCUGAUAGUAUCCGUGGUGAGAUGCAGAGAUUUGCCGGCUAAAGACAGCAGUUUGGGAUCCAGCGAUCCCUACGUUAAGCUUCAGUUGCUUCCCGAUAAACAACAUAAAGUUAAAACCAGAGUGCUGAGAAACACCAGGAACCCCGUUUACGAUGAGGACUUUACAUUUUACGGCAUAGGUUUCAACCAGCUGCAAAAUAUCACGCUACACUUUGUGAUACUGAGUUUCGACAGAUACAGCAGGGAUGAUAUAAUAGGAGAGGUAUUUUGCGCUUUGAAUAGUGUUGAUAUAGCGCAAAUUGAGACUCAACAGAUGGCAGUGUGCAGAGAAAUCCAGGCUAGAAGUUUAAAGAUCAGAUCCCAAGGUAGAGGAGACAUUCUUGUGUCACUUUGUUGGCAGCCGGCGGCCAGCAGACUGACGGUGGUCAUUUUGAAGGCACGAAACCUUCCCAAAAUGGACGUCACCGGUCUGGCAGACCCUUACGUCAAAAUAUAUCUCCUACAUAACGGUCAAAGGAUUGCCAAGAAGAAGACGCACGUGAAGAAAAGAACCCUCGGUCCUGUAUUCAACGAAAGUUUCGUCUUCGAUAUUCCACAGGCUGGAGAAGGAUUGGAAGGUGUUAGUCUAGAAUUCUUACUCUUAGAUUGGGACAGAGUAACCAAAAAUGAGGUGAUAGGCAGGUUGGACUUGGGUGGCCCCAAAUGCACAGGAUCGGCCUUGCACCAUUGGAACGAAGUCUGUAACUCACCGCGUAGACAAAUAGCUGAAUGGCACAAAUUGAGAGAAUAA